AUGAUUAUAGAGUAUAUAAGUCAAAGAGAUCCUGAUCAUCUUAUUAGAGAUAAAAAUUUAUCUGAAAAAAGAGGCAAGAGGUUUUUUUCUUUAAUUAAUUAAGACAUCAAAGAAAGUAUUCUAGAAAAAAUCACCAAUUGUGAUCUAAAGGUUUAAAAUCUACCAUUUGAAAAAGAUUCUAAAGCUACUAGAGAUUUGUUUAUGGAGUAUUUUCUAACCUUUAAAUCCUCUUUAUAAAUAACUAUAUUAUGCUGUAACAGAGAUUCAUACAGUAUAUAUGAUAGCAUGGUAAUACUUUAUUAAAUUAUUUAGGGUUUUCCACCUUUGAAAUUGAAAAUACAUAAUAAUUGGGUGUAAAUUUAUCAUUCUAAUUUAGCCUUAACUUCAAAAUUUGAAUUUGAUAGAUUUAUUUAAUUAGUCACUUAUUCAAAUCUUAAUAGAUUGUUAUUGAGAUAAAUAUAGGGUUUGAAAAUUCGAAAUCACUUAAUAUAGAGAAAGGAAUUCAUCCAUAAAUAAUAAUUUUCCAUCUAGUAUUGA